UUCAUCAACCCGAAAAUGAAUUCUUGCUUCACCAUCUCCCUCUCCCUCUCCCUCUCUCUCUGCCUCCUCUUCCUCUUCAUCAAUUUUUCGAGUACAGAUUCAGCACCUACUUAUCUAUAUCAUUCCUGCACAAAUGACACCCUCUUCUCUCCCAACUCCACCUACCAGUCCAACCUGAACGCCCUGCUCUCUUCCCUCUCCACCGCUGCCGCUGCCACCAACAACACCGACGGCUUUGCCAACUCCACUGCCGGCCAAAACUCUCCUAAUCGGGCCUACGGGCUCUUCCUCUGCCGUGCAGACGUCAGUGCCUCCACGUGCAGCGACUGCGUGGCCACCGGAACACAGGAUAUCCUCCAAAGAUGCCCCAACCAGCGGGUCUCUGUGAUCUGGUACGACCAGUGCAUGUUGAGGUACUCCAACGCGUCGAUCUACGGGGUCAUGGAACAAGUGCCCGCUUUGACGAUGUACAACACCGGGAACAUCACCGAUCCAACCCGGUUCAUGCAACUCCUGGGACAGGCCAUGGACUACAUCGCCACGGCAGCUUCGGCUGACGAGUCGGGGAAGAAAGUUGCGGUCAACGAGACGAACUUCACGAGCUUGCAGCAGUUGUACACUCUUGCGCAGUGCACGCCGGACUUGUCAGCGUCGGACUGCAACACAUGCCUUCGGGCGGCGAUUGGGGGCCUUCCCCAGGGGAAGCAAGGUGGGAGGACGUUCACUCCGAGCUGCAGCGUGAGGUUCGAGCUAUACCCCUUUUACAAUGCCUCGGCCGUGGUGGCCCCAGCCCCUCCGCCGUCCCAGAUUCCGUCUCCUCCUGCUCCCGUGAUCAGACCUAAAGGCAAAAGCAAUAAAACUACUGUGAUAAUCAUUGCCGUCGCUGUUCCUGUUGGCGUGGGCGUGGUGCUUCUCUUCCUCGCUUGCUGUUUGAGGCAGAGGAAAGUGACCAAGCCGUACGAAGUCGCUCAAGCAGAUCAAAGCAGCGUAAAUGACAUUACAAACGCCGAGUCCUUGCAGUACGAUUUUGCCACCAUACAGACCGCCACAAACAAUUUCUCUCACCAAAACAAGUUGGGUGAGGGUGGAUUCGGGGAAGUUUUCCAGGGUAGGCUUCCUAAUGGACAACAAAUAGCUGUGAAGAGACUAUCUCAAGGCUCAGGACAAGGUGCUGUAGAAUUUAAGAAUGAAGUCCUGCUGGUAGCGAAGCUUCAACAUCGGAACCUUGUGAGGAUGCUCGGGUUCUGCUUGGAGGGUGAAGAAAAACUGCUUGUCUAUGAGUUUGUGCCAAACAAAAGUCUCGACUACUUUUUAUUUGAUCCUGAAAAGAGCAAGCAAUUGAAUUGGUCGAGACGUUACAAGAUAGUAUGUGGGAUUGCUCGAGGAAUGCUCUAUUUACAUGAGGACUCUCGACUUCGGAUCAUUCAUCGGGAUCUAAAAGCAAGCAAUGUCUUGUUGGAUAGUGAAAUGACUCCAAAGAUUUCGGAUUUUGGCAUGGCAAGAAUUGUUGUAGUCGAUCAGACACAGGCAAAUACCAAUAAAAUUGUGGGGACUUUUGGUUACAUGUCACCUGAGUAUGCAAUGCAUGGACAGUUCUCUGUGAAGUCCGAUGUAUAUAGUUUCGGUGUUCUACUUCUUGAGCUCAUUAGUGGGAAGAAGAAUAGUUCCUUCUACCAAUCGGACGGCAGCGAAGAUCUCGCUAGUUAUGCCUGGAAAAAUUGGAGAGACGGUACGCCGUUGGAAGUGUUAGAUCCAGCCAUUGGAGACUCAUAUUCAAGAGAUGAAGUGCUUAGAUGCCUCCACAUUGGUUUACUAUGUGUUCAAGAAGAUCCAAUGGAUAGACCCACAAUGGCAAACAUAGUCUUGAUGUUGAACAGCUACUCUGUUAGCCUUGCACUGCCUCAGCAACCGGCCUUGUUUUUCCGGAGCAGGACAGAGACAUCGAUGAAAGAGCUCGAAUCGGACCAAUCUGCCAGCAGGUCUACACCAGUGUCGAUCAAUGAGAUGUCAGUCACCGAAGUUUACCCCCGUUGAACGGUGAUGUGAGUAGAAAUCUUUCCUCAAUAUAGUCACCCAAAGACCUUGGUCAUAAGAUCCUCAGCAGUCCAGCGAGAUCAAUUAUGAACAAUGAGCAAACACCUUUGGCAUGAGAGGCUGUUUAUAUUUAUGCACCUCUGUGUGUAGUCUUAUUGUGGAAUAUAAGUUCUUCCUUGUCUAAAGAAAUAAUGAACAGAAACGGCUAGAGUUUCAU